AUGGCUGCUGCAAACCGAAAGGUGAUUAAAAUUGGGGACACCUAUCAAAUUGAAGGGCGGCCACGGGAAAAAUUCGAGGUCCUCAAGGUCUACAAUCCAUCGAACAUACCGGGAAAAUCAGUCCUGGUCCUCUCAAUUCAUAUGGACGCAAACGCAGCCACGCCUUCUCACACUCAUGGCGGAGCAGCAGCUAUUGCCAUGGUGAUUGAUGGGACAGUUCUCAAUCAAAUGAAUUGUGACGAACCAAUCGUGUCGAAAAAGGGCGACUUCUGGUAUGAAGCUCCCGGUUGUCACCAUGUCCGAUCAGAGAACACCAGCGGAUCGGAGACGGCCAAAUUUUUGGCAAUUCUCAUUGUUGAUGAUGAAGUGAUACAAGAUGGCUUUGAGAACAUUUUCGUUUUGGACGCAGAGAAGGAGGAGAACAGGGGGUAG